GCGACUCUCGCACCGCCUCCUGGCCCGUUUCCGAAGGUGGAUGAGCGGUGUCGCUCAUCCUGUGACGCGAAAAUAAUCACAACUGUAAGGACCCGAAGGCGGAAAGGGUUGAAGGACGCAGUCUCUGACCCUUUGUUUUGCGAAUUGAACAGAGUAUGGAGACAUAUAUAUUUACUAGACUAGGAUAAACUGGUCCUGCAGUUUAAAUUAAGUGAAAAUAAAGGCCUAUAAAAGUCAAAAGGAAUGGAAACUGAAAAUGGAAAUCAAGACAAAAUAGAGGAAAACACCGAAAAGAAAAAGGAUGUAGAAAAGAAAAAACGAUCUCGAGUUAAACAGGUGCUUGCUGAUAUUGCUAAGCAAGUAGACUUCUGGUUUGGAGAUGCGAAUCUUCACAAGGAUAGAUUUCUUCGAGAGCAGAUAGAAAAAUCUAGAGAUGGAUAUGUAGAUAUAUCACUUCUCGUGUCAUUUAACAAAAUGAAAAAAUUGACUACUGAUGGAAAGCUAAUAGCCAGAGCAUUGAAGAGCUCAGCUAUUGUAGAGCUCGAUUUAGAAGGCACCAGGAUUAGAAGGAAAAAGCCUCUGGGUGAAAGACCAAAGGAUGAGGAUGAACGGACAGUGUAUGUGGAAUUACUUCCUAAAAAUGUUAAUCACAGCUGGAUUGAAAGAGUAUUCGGGAAAUGUGGCAAUGUUGUUUAUAUAAGCAUCCCACAUUAUAAAUCCACUGGAGACCCAAAGGGAUUUGCCUUUGUGGAAUUUGAGACAAAAGAACAAGCUGCAAAAGCUAUUGAGUUUCUUAACAAUCCACCAGAAGAAGCACCAAGAAAACCCGGAAUAUUUCCUAAGACGGUGAAAAAUAAACCCAUUCCUGGCCUACGAGUACCUGAAAAGAAAAAGAAAAAAAAGAAGAAAGGCCGUGUGAAGAAGGAAGAUAAUGUACAGGCAAAAGAGACAAAUAUGGACACAAGCAGUGACAACGUCUGUAAACUGAAAAGAUCUAGAACCACAUCCGAGGGCUCCGAGGUAGAAAUCACUGAACCCCAAAAGCCACCCUCAAAGAAAAAGAAAAAAAAAGAAAGAGCUGAAGCGCCCAACUUACCUGAAGUCAGAACAGGAAAAAGGAAGAGAAGCGGCUCUGAGGAUGCAGAAUGCCUAGCUCCCAGAUCAAAAGUAAAGAAAAUAGCUCAGAAAGAAAACAUUAAAAAAGAAGCGUCAGAAGUUAAAGAAAACAAAGAUUUAGAAUUCUCUACAGAAGAGGAAAAGGAAACUGGAGACAUAAAAGAUGGAUCCCUCUUAAAAUCAAAAAGGAAGCAUAAGAAAAAGCAUAAAGAGAGGCACAAAAUGGGAGAAGAGGUUAUACCACUAAGAGUACUAUCAAAGAGUGAAUGGAUGGAUUUGAAAAAAGAGUAUUUGGCUCUGCAAAAGGCCAGCAUGGCUUCUUUAAAAAAAACAAUAUCCCAACUAAAAUUGGAGUCCGAAAUGGAAACAGACCGUGGUAUACCUAAUAAAUCUGGAAUGAAAAAUGAAAAAACAAACAAUGAAGACUGUCACCCCCAGGAGAAAGUUAAUGCGAUGGGACCACAGUUUGUGGGUGGAGUGAUUGUGAAGAUUGUUAGCGCUGAGCCCUUACCUGGCAGGAAGCAAGUCCGGGAUACUUUGGCAACAACCUCAGAAGUUGUUUAUGUUGAUAUGCUAGAAGGAGAUACAGAAUGCCAUGCUAGAUUUAAAACUCCUGAGGAUGCUCAAGCUGUAAUAAAUGCAUAUACGGAAAUCAAAAGGAAACACUGCUGGAAACUCGAGGUCCUUUCUGGUGACCAUGAACAGAGGUACUGGCAGAAGAUAUUGGUAGAUAGGCAGGCCAAACUUAAUCAACCUCGAGAAAAGAAAAGAGGCACUGAGAAGUUAAUCACCAAAGCUGAAAAGAUUAGACUGGCAAAGACUCAACAAGCAAGUAAACACAUCAGAUUUUCUGAAUACGACUGAACAAAAAACUAUAACUCACCUCUUAAUGUUUCACUGAGUACUUGAGCUAUUCAUAGGAAAUCCAUUGUUAUCGUGGUUGUGCUGCAUAAUGAAUAUUGUUCUAAAACCUACAUCUAAUUAAAAGAAAUAUCUUUGUUCCUCUACUUGUAAAUAAAACUUUUUUCUGAAGACAAGUACGUUGUAUACCACAAUUUUUCUUUGAACAUUUUAUUUGUUGAAAUCAUCUUAUGAAAAUCAGCUUCGAAGUUACUGAGUAAAUAAAUGUGUUUUGCAUAUUACCAUUAA